AUGGCUGCCAUAGGACAAACCAUAGCAGUGUUCGACAAGUCGGGGAAGGUGGUGAGCACAAGCAAACAACUGUUUGGUGUCUUCAAAGAAGCUAGAUUAGCUUAUCGAGAACGCAAAGCCGAAAUCAACGCAGAGAAAGCGAUUAAGAAUGCGGAACGGGAAGCACGCCGAGCAAUGGCUAACUAUCACAUUCACGAUUCCCGAUCCGUUGCCUCCUCAAGAAGACACCCAGGAAGAUCGAAAUCAGUGGCUAGACACAGUGAAGUAGAUCGUCAUCCUUCCCACCGGUACCCUCAUGAGAUUGAUCAUGACUCGGAAUCCCUAUACUCCCACCCAGACCAUAUGCCAAAACGGGAACUUAUGCCAAAACGGGAACUCUCGCGCCACCACACCUCAAAUGUCGUCGCUGCUCAACCCCAAUAUCUCCACCCCGGCAAUCGGUCCCGUUCCGUUCCCCACGUCGACAUGGAUCUGGCAUACGGUGAAUAUCACCCUGACUCGCUAGAGCGGGUGAACUCAAACCCUGAGGAUGUGAUGGGCGGACUGGUCGCCAAAGCCAAAGGCCUUCUUGUCGAAGCCGACUGUGCACAGCACUCUGCACAAGCCACGAUGGCCCACUUACAGAAGAAUCCUGAAGCGAUGGCUGCCGUAGCGCUCACGCUAGCUGAGAUCAGCAAUCUCGCCUCGAAGCUAGCUCCAGCGGCCCUGGCGGCCUUGAAGUCCAGCUCACCAGCCGUGUUUGCACUUCUAUCCAGUCCUCAGUUCAUGAUUGCCGCUGGGGUCGGAAUUGGUGUUACUGUCGUCAUGUUCGGGGGGUACAAGAUUGUCAAGCGCAUCCAAGCCGCGAGUGGCAUGCAGCCAGAGGGCAGCACGGAUGAAUUGAUAGAACUCAACCAGGACGUUAGUCGCGUGGAGAGCUGGAGACGUGGCGUUGCUGAUUUCGAGGCGGAGAGCGUCGCGACGUCCGUUGAUGGAGAGUUUAUCACUCCGAGGGCUGCUGCUGUGUCUGGGAUCUUCCCCACCGGCCACAGCCAUUACCACCACCUUCGAUCCGAAUAUGGAGGCGGAAGUAGACGAGGAAGCGUUAGAGGUGCAGAGACUGUCAGGGAUAACGCAUCAAGCUAUACACAUACGACCCGAAGUUCCAGACGGUCAAGGCGAUCUAGUGCCCCGCCGACUGAAGCGAGUGGCAAGGACAAGAAAGACAAGAGAGACAAGAAAAAGAAAGAAAAGACGAAGAAGCCCAGUCCUCUGCGACAUCUGUUCAAGCCUAAAUGA